AUGUCCCAUCUUUGCGACCCAGCGGAAUAUGUAUCGAAAGCAAAACAUAGAUGGGCCGGUCACAUCAUGAGAAGAAUCGAUGAUAGAUGGACUAAAACAACGCUAGAGUGGAUCCCAAGGGACGCUAAACGCCCCCGAGUGAGACCGCCAACGAGAUGGGGUGACGUGUUCGCUGCACGGAUGGACCAGCUGAGAGCUCAGCUGGAUACGGCUCAAGGACCUCGUCAACGUCACUCACGAAGCUUAAGAACAUCUUGGAUGACAAUGGCGAGGGAACGAAACGAGUGGAAGAGAUGCUGGGGCCCGCACGUCCAGUGA